UGUAGGUACCGCAGCUUCCGGGUGUGUUCAGCGGUGGUUUAUAUAUAUAUAUAUUGAUGCAUUGUGUUUUAUGACAGGUUAAAAGGCUUCUGGGAGUUAUAUAUUGUCAAAAUGAAUCGAAUAUUUGGUCGGGGAAAACCCAAAGCACCUCCUCCUAAUCUAUCGGACUGCAUAGGAAAUGUGGAUGCCAGGGCGGAGUCUAUGGAUCAGAAGAUCUCCCGUCUGGACGCUGAACUGAUUAAGUAUAAAGACCAAAUGAAGAAGAUGAGAGAAGGACCCUCUAAGAACAUGGUGAAGCAGAAAGCUAUGAGGGUUCUGAAGCAGAAGAGACAGUAUGAGGGCCAGAGAGACCAGCUGGCUCAGCAGUCCUUCAACAUGGAACAGGCCAACUACACUAUACAGUCCCUCAAGGAUACCAAAACUACAGUGGAGGCUAUGAAGAUUGGAGCUAAAGAGAUGAAGAGAGCUUACAAGGAUGUGAAGACUGAUCAGAUAGAAGACCUACAGGAUCAGCUGGAGGAUAUGAUGGAGGAUGCCAACGAGGUUCAGGAGUCUCUGAGUCGCAGCUACGGAACUCCUGACAUAGAUGAGGAUGACCUGGAAGCAGAGCUGGAUGCCCUAGGGGAUGAGUUGUUGCUGGAUGAUGACAGUACCUACCUGGAUGAGGCUUCCUCUGCCCCCUCCAUCCCAGAGGGCAUACCCAACGACAGUAAAACCAACAAGGAUGGCGUUCUGGUGGAUGAGUUUGGUCUGCCACAGAUCCCUGCUACAUAAAACUACAGAUCCCUGCUACAUAAAACUACAGAUCCCUGCUACAUAAAACUACAGAUCCCUGCUACAUAAAACUACAGAUCCCUGCUACAUAAAACUACAGAUCCCUGCUACAUAAAACUACAGAUCCCUGCUACAUAAAACUACAGAUCCCUGCUACACUUUUAUAUGUAGAGUAACAUUUCUACAUUACAAUGAUCUGACCUGAGAACAGGUUACAUAACUUACUACCACUGUAAACACUAAGGUAUUGAUGCUGUUUUGGAGAUGAGUUUAUAUUGUUACCGUUACAUUUAUCUAAAGCCAUCCCUUUAAACUUGGUGCACCUUUUAAUUAGAACAGACUCAGUGGAAUAUACGGAGAGAAGGUUCAGAGUAUUAGGGAUCAAUGACAGGAAGCCAUGGAAAUACAUACAUUUCUUUCCUUUUCCAAUUGGUAGAUUUUAAAAUGCUCUGAUCUUGUCUAUUAUUUAGGGUUAGGAAAGUAAAAUCGGGUUUGGAGUGCCUUUACCUACUAAAUAUAUUGGUGAAUCAAAACUACAGUGGUUUGAUUCAUCCUGAAAGUUGACAUAUUCAGUUGUUCAAUCCAUGAAGUAUUGGAAGGGGAGAAAAGUCUACAGUAGAGGUUGGCCAGUAGUCCUUUAAAACUAUUCUAAUAAUCAUCACUAAUCGUGGAACUGUGAUGACAACGGUCCAGUCUUCUUGAACCGUGCACCAGGCUCCAGGUAUCGACUGCUAUGUGUGGUCUGCGUUCCAUAAUGAUUGACAUCAUAGACGAAAUGACCACGGGGGGUAAGGGGACAUGUCCCCCCCCCCCCAACAUUCAGAACAGGUCAAUUCGUGUCACCCCCCCAAUCCCCAAUCAUUUCUUUAAAUAAAAAAUAAAUGAUUCCAGGCAAUGUUUUUGUUAAAUCGCCCUUGAUUCAAAUAGGCUACAGGUCCCAAAUUAUUGCACAACUUGUAAAACAUGAGCUUAAUAUGGUCCACUAUUGCUAGCGUCCCUCAGGAACAACCACACCAACAUGACAGAGGGAGAAAGGUCCACUAACAAUGGAAUGGAACGAUGCCACGUGUCAGGAAACUAACACUAAAGAGACAGUUUUACAUAUACACACUACCGUUCAAAAGUUUGGGGUCAUUUAGAAAUGUCCUUGUUUUUUAAAGAAAAGCACAAUUUUGGUCCAUUAAAAUAACAUAAAAUUGAUCAGAAAUACAGUGUAGACAUUGUUAAUGUUGUAAAUGACAAUUGUAGCUGGAAACGGCAGAUUUUUUAAUGGCAUAUCUACAGGGUAUAUAGUCUAGACCAGGGCUAUUCAACUAUACUGAACAAAAAUGCAUAUUUCAGUUGACUAGUUUUCCUUCCUAUCAGUAGAGAAUGGGCCCCUAUAAUAAACUGCACCACCUCUGUGGGGACUUAAACUCAUCAAAUCUCGUUGCAAAGUUAGCUUUCAGUUUAUCUAAAACUCCGAUAUCAAGAGAUCUGUACUGAUGACUGAAUGUGGACUGAAUGUGGACUGAAUGUGGUGCAGUGUAGGGAGUGUUGAAUAGCCCUGGCCUACACUUCCUUCUGAACUUCUAACUUAAGUGAGGUGGGUGUGGCUUCGUGACUGAUGUCAGCAGCAGCUGCUCACCAGCACGUGAGGUGGGUGUGGCUUCGUGACUGAUGUCAGCAGCAGCUGCUCACCAGCACGUGAGGUGGGUGUGGCUUCGUGACUGAUGUCAGCAGCAGCUGCUCAC